UCUUCAACCGUUAAUCGGUUAGUCUCGCGAUACUACACGCUCUACGCGCAUGCGCAGGCUCGCGGACAUCGGAGGAGCUGAGUUGGAGGAUCAUGGCGGAGCGCAGGAAGCACAAGAAACGGAUCCAGGAGGUGAGCGAGCCCACCAAGGACGAGAAGGCGGUGGCCAAGUACCUCCGAUUCAACUGCCCCACCAAGUCCACCAACAUGAUGGGCCACCGAGUCGACUACUUUAUCGCCUCCAAGGCAGUAGACUGUCUGCUGGACUCUAAGUGGGCCAAGACUAAGAAGGGAGAGGAGGCGCUGUUCACCACCAGGGAGUCUGUGGUGGAUUACUGCAACCGACUCCUAAAGAAGCAGUUCUUCCACCGGGCUCUCAAAGUAAUGAAGAAAAAACCAGAGAAAGAAACCAAGAAAGAGAAGGAAAAGGAGAAAGAGAAGACCAAGGGCGACAGCAGCAAAGAGGAGGAGAAAAAAGGGAAGAAGGAGAAAGAGAAGAAGAAAGAGUCUGAAGUUGCUGAAACCAAGAAAGAGAAGAGCGAUGACAGUCCUGGAACCCCCAAGAAGAAGAAAGAGGUGAAGAAGAAGUUCAAGCUGGAGCCUCAUGAGGAUCAGCUGUUUCUAGAUGGAAAUGAGGUGUUUGUGUGGAUUUACGAUCCCGUUCAUUUCAAGACAUUUGCCAUGGGACUGAUCCUCGUCAUUGCAGUGAUCGCAGCCACGCUGUUCCCACUGUGGCCAGCAGAAAUGCGCGUAGGAGUUUACUAUCUCAGUGUGGCAGCAGGCUGCUUCGUGGCCAGUAUAUUGCUUCUUGCUGUUGCUCGCUGCAUCCUCUUCCUGAUCAUCUGGGUUGUGACCGGCGGGCGCCACCACUUCUGGUUCCUCCCCAACUUGACGGCAGACGUCGGUUUCAUCGACUCGUUCCGGCCGCUCUACACUCACGAUUACAAAGGACCACGAGCCAAGAAGGGCUCCGACAAGACGGACGAGAAGGAAAACGGCGACAACAAGAAGUCAGACAGCGAUGAGAAGUCCGACAGCGAGAAGAAGGACGGCGAUGAGGAGGAUGAGGAGGAAGAGGAGGAGAGCAAAGAGGUCGAGGAGGGUAAAGAAGCAGAUAGGGAGGGAGCGGGGGCGGACCGACACUCGGACACAGACAGCGACCGCCGGGAGGACGAGAGCUCGCAGCACAGCAACGGAAACGACUUUGAGAUGAUCACUAGGGAGGAGCUGGAGCAGCAUACAGAAGAGGAAGAGGAGGAGGAGGAAGAAGAAGAAGAAGAAGACAAAGAAACGAAAGAGAGGAAAGAAGGGGGUGAGAGUGAGACUCAACCCCAGACUGCUGAAACAUAAACUUCUUACAAUACCAUCACUCUACUUUCUCUCUCUGCCCUUCCCUCCCUUCCUCCUGUGGUCCCAGGACCUGCUAGUCCGGCCUCUCUGAGCCUGCGGUGGCCGAGGAGAGGCUCCAUGUCUUCUUGUUGAGAUCUUUCACUAAACAGUACGGGGAUAGACACAACGGUGAAAAGAAAUCGGCUACGACAAUGGGGGAAAAAAAUUCUAAAAUAAGCCUUAUGGUGGAUCUGAUUCCUCCCACCCAAAUGUUAUUUAUGUCAAAAUGAAAACUGCCACCGACAUGUUUGCCUGAGGAAGUUUCUGUUUUCCUUUUUCUCAUGUCAAGUUUCUUUUGGUGUCAUGUCAGCUCAAAAUGUUUUUUUAUUUAUGUCCCCUCUCUUUGCUUACCUUUUGGAUUUGAGGUCAAAGUCAGAUCUUAGAUAUAGAUGAUGGAGUAGAGCGAAACUGACCAGCAAGAGGAGGCGGUUCCUUUACACCCCCCCCCCCCCCCCCCCCCCCCCCUCCUUUUCUUUCAUUGUCGUCUUUGAGCUCCAUGUUGGUACAAUCACGUUAGCCAGAAAGACCCCGUUCUUUCAGCUUUUUUUUUUGGUGCUCUGGUGAGACAACUGGCAGGAGCACGUGUCGCAUCCUGUUGAAUGCCAGCAGCCUGAUAGCUUUCUCAGGCAGCCCUUAAAGGGACAGUUCACCCAAAAAUACACAAGAUAUUUUCCUUUUACCUGUAGAGACAUUUAUCAAUCUAGAUUGUUUGGAUGAUCUCAUCUGAGAAUGAUGGCAUAAAUGUUUACAUGUCACAAGCACGAGCCUCUCGUCCAGGAGUAGAUGGAUGCUUCCUUCUGCACGGUUAGCGGGUGUAGUUCACGAGACAGUACAUGAAACCACAAGGUCUGUGGAUUAUCUUGAUUACCCGGCAGGUCAUGAUUUCUGUAAAGAGACAUUGCUGUUGAGUAUUCAAAUGUAUUUUUUUGUAGCUUUCAGCACCACAAGCCAAGUGAAAUCUCUCCAACACUCUGCUAUUCACACCACAACCAUCUGGAUUGAUAAAUAGCACAAUAGGUAGAUGAAAGGGAAAAACAUGUAUAUUUUUACGCUGGGGGUGAACUGUCCCUUUAAAGCAAACUGACCAGUGUGUCUGCUUUGAAACCUGAACCAAGCCAGAUGGACCAAAUCCUGUAGUUUACUCCAAGAAACCUAAAACUCGACCAUGUUGUGGCUGGAUGGAGAGCAGAGUAGUACAGCUCCUUGAGGUACUUGCCAUUUUCAGUAAAAAAAAAAAACCUAAAUGUUUUGCUUUCUAAAUGGCUGAUGGUGAUGCAAUCCUCCACACAGUCUGAGCUAGGUCAUGUUUAACAUUGUGGGACUCAUCUUUAAGAGUAAAUGUGAGCAACUGGGACACAGCUGGCAUACUUAACUUUCUCUUUUUUAAAGAAAAGAUUGCAGCAUUUGUUGUACAACUAAAGAACUGUCUAUUUGCAAACAGAACCAGAUAAAAAAGUCAACUCUAGUGCCAAACACAACUAAUAAAGAUGUUAUGCAUGCUGAUUUAAUAUGGAGAGUGUGAGAGAGCGAGGGGUACGUUUUUUGUUAAUUCGUUCAUUUUGUAACUGCCGUGUCAAACUCCUCAAACCUUUCACGUCUUGGAAAAAAAAAGAGAAAAAAGCUCAGCACAAGGUUGUUACUGUGUAGCUAACAAAGAUUUUUGGUCUCAAUGAAACCGUUUAAAGGUGUUCGCAGUAGACGCCCAUCCAAACCAAGUCUCACACAAGCCGUCGAGUGAAAGAAGUGUCCAGACUGCAGUUCAGUUUCCAGUCAAAGCCUACAGACUGGCGGCCGUGGUCCAAACUGUUCCUUCACAUUAUUUUUUGCCUAGAAAUGUAGAUGCUCUUCUUAGUCAUAGCGAGGAUUAUAUUUAAGUAUAAAAAAAAAUAAAAAAUGUAUGUAUUUAUAUAUGGAUUCUAUUGAUAUAUCAAAUAUAUACAUAAUAAUUACAUUAUAAGAAACUAUAAAAACUUUUUUUUUGUAUUAGGAGGUAUAAUCGUUAUUAUGUUUGUAAUGUGCUUUUUGUUUUUAUACGAUCAUAAAGAGCAAACUCAUUAUUUAAAGAUAACAUCUGGGAUUAGAGAACGGUGGGAAUUUAUUAGCUAACAUCUUUCUGUUUUGUUUUGUUUUUUUUUUUUUACAUUUGCCUCCGUAACAUUGAUUGUUGCCUCGUGGAUUUCUUUCACUAACAAAUGGUCAGUUCGUAAAAACCAGUGGCUUUUGUAACACUGCUGGUUCCCAGUUAAUCUGAUCUCCUCCCAGUAAAACAAUAUCUUAAUAUAUUCCACACAGCUUUCUGUACAGUUUUUUGUUUUGCCUAAAAAUGAACUCACUGUUUAGUUUGUUUUGUCUCCUGUAAUUCCACUGAGGUUUGUAGAUCUUCGACUUUCCAUCUCACACGCCUCCAUGUUGUUUUUGUUCUAAUAUCUUUGGGGGGUUUUUUUUCUUCCCCAAACGGGCAAAGUGCAUCUCUGUGUCCUGAGUUGUCAGUUGCUGUACUCUUAAUAUUGGCAUAACCAUUUCACAAAAGAGAAAAAAAACUAACUCUCCCGAUUGUUCUUGACUGUUGCACAGUAUCGGUCUGUUGUGUGUUGUAGUAUUAUUACACUCUGCUGCUUCUCAUCGCACAUUUCUGGGGGAAAUAAAAAGUGAAAUUGUAAAACAUCCAUGUUUUUAUCUCUGGUCAAAACUGCGUAUCUUGAUCACCUAGUUGUCCACAUUUGGAUUAAUAUCAUUCUGAAGACUGUCUCAUGAAAUAUUGGAGUAUAAUUGAAUAAAACUGGAUGUCUGGAAAUAUAUCUGUAUCUUAUCAUUGCAAUAAAAAUAUAGAAAGUA